AUGGCAGGACGCAGGUCCACGGAAUGGAAUGGAAACCACUCCUCUGUGGCCAUGUUUGUUCUCCUGGGUCUCUCAGAUGAAAAAGAGUUACAGCUCAUCCUAUUUCCAAUAUUCCUAGGGUUCUACCUUGUGACUCUUUUCUGGAACCUGGCUCUCAUCCUCCUAAUUAAGAUAGACUCUCACUUGCACACACCCAUGUACUUUUUUCUCAGUUUCCUGUCAUUUAUUGAUAUCUGUUAUUCUUCAUGCAUCAGUCCCAGAAUGCUUUCAGACCUCCUUAAAAUUGACAAAACGAUUUCCUUCGUUGCCUGUGUCACUCAGUAUCUUGUUGCAGACUGGAUGGCUAUGACUGAGUGCUGCCUGUUGGCUGCGAUGGCCUAUGACCGAUACGUUGCCAUUGGUAGACCUCUGCAGUACUCAGCCAUCAUGGCUCCUGGUCUCUGUGGAAAGAUGGUUGCUGGGGCCUACCUGGGUGGUUUCAUUACUAGUUUAUACCAAACAGUCUCUUGCAUUCAUCUUUACUACUGCUGGCCAAACCUCAUUCAACAUUUCUUCUGUGACUUGCCUCAGAUUGUUUCCGCGUCUUGCUCCAAUUCCUUCAUACGUCAAUUGAUUCUUCUAUUGGUGGCUAUUUUUAUUGCGUUUGGUUCUUUGCUUAUUAUCCUCUUGUCAUAUUGCUUUAUUGCAGCCUCCAUACUGAAAAUAUCCUCAGGCAAAGGUUCUGCCAAGGCCUUCAAUACCUGUGCCUCCCACCUGACAGCGGUGACACUCUACUAUGGCACAGCCUUCUCUGUGUACUUGCAUCCUAAGUCUAGACACUUCCUAAAGCAGGACAAGGUGCUGUCAGUGGUCUAUAUCAUCAUCAUCCCCAUGUUAAACCCUCUGAUCUAUAGUCUGAGGAACAAAGAGGUCAAAGCAGCUCUCAAGAGGCUUAUAAAGAGGGCAACAGGCUUACUUUAG